AUGGCCAAGCAUGGAGAUUUUCUGCUUUCUUAUACUUUCCCCAUUCUCAUACUCAGUUUGAGCUUACUGUGCAAAGCCAAUGAUGAAGAUAGGAAGGUUCACAUUGUGUACUUGGGGUCACUUCCUAAUACAGUGUACUCACCAUCGUCUCACCACCUUGAUAUGUUACAGAAAGUUGUCCAGGGAAGUGGUUCUCUUAAAAAUUACUUGAUCAGAAGCUACAAAAGGAGUUUCAAUGGAUUUGCUGCCAAGCUGACUGACCAGGAAAGAGAAAAACUUGCUUAUAUGAAGGAAGUAGUCUCCAUCUUUCAGAGCACAAAAUUUAAACUCCAAACAACAAGAUCUUGGGAUUUUAUGGGAUUCAAUGAGAAAAUCAACCGAAAUGUCACUACAGAGAGUGAUGUAAUCAUUGGUGUGAUUGACAGUGGAAUUUGGCCUGAAUCAGAGAGCUUUCAAGACAAAGGCUUUGGUCCGGUUCCUAAAAAGUGGAAAGGUGCUUGCAACGGAGGCAAGAAUUUCACUUGCAACAACAAACUGAUUGGAGCUCGGUAUUACUCAUCAAUACAGUCUGCAAGAGAUGAAGUUGGUCAUGGAAGCCACACUGCUUCAGUAGCAGCAGGGAAUUCUGUGAAGGAUGUAAGCUUUUACGGAUUAGCACAAGGUACUGCAAGAGGAGGAGUUCCUUCUGCAAGAAUUGCAGCAUAUCAAGUAUGUGAUUUGGAUUCGUUCUGUAGUGGACAUGAUGUGUUGACUGCUUUCGAUGAUGCCAUCGCUGAUGGAGUUGACAUUAUUACAAUUUCCAUCGGAACAGAUCUUCCAUCUGAUUUUUAUAAGGAUCCUAUUGCAAUUGGUUCUUUUCAUGCAAUGGCAAAAGGGAUACUGACCUCCAACUCUGCUGGCAAUGAAGGCCCUGCAGGAGAUACCGUGUCAAGUGCAGCACCAUGGACACUUACCGUUGCAGCAAGUAGAAUUGAUCGUCGCAUCAUUGACAAGGUUGUUCUUGGAAAUGGAAGCAUAAUAGUAGGGACUUCAGUUAACACUUUCACGUUAAAUGGAACAAAUUUUCCUCUGAUAUAUGGACAAGAUGCUUCACGUCAUGAAUGCUCGGAUUCCCAAGCUGGGUAUUGUGAUGAAGACUGCCUUGACAGUGAUGCAGUUAAGGGAAAGAUUGUGCUAUGUGAUGCAUUCGAUGAAUCAGAUGUUGUAGCUCUUAAAGCUGGUGCACUAGGCUCUAUUUUAAAUAAUGAUGGAACUGGUGAUUUUUCUAAUGUUCUCUCAUUACCUGCAAUAGCUUUAAGCCAUGAAAACUAUAUUGCAGUGAAGUUUUACAUGAACUCCACUAGAGAUCCUCGAGCAAACAUAUUAAGAAGUGAAGUCAUAAAUGACGCUGCUGCACCAAUUGUCGCUUCCUUCUCUUCACGUGGACCGAAUCCAAUUACACCUGACAUCAUAAAGCCGGAUCUAUCUGCGCCUGGUGUAGACAUCUUGGCUGCAUAUUCGCCUGUGGCCUCAAUCUCAGUGAGCCCCGAAGACAAGAGGCAUGUAAAGUACCAUAUAUUAUCUGGAACCUCCAUGUCUUGCCCUCAUGCUGCUGCUGUUGCUGCAUAUGUUAAAUCAUUCCAUCCCGAUUGGUCUCCAUCCGCUAUAAAAUCAUCUCUUAUGACUACUGCUUGGCCAAUGAAUAAUACCAACAAUGCGCCUGCUGAGUUUGCUUAUGGAUCCGGACAUAUCAAUCCUGUAAAAGCUGUAGAUCCCGGGCUUGUUUAUGAAACAUCUAAAGAAGAUUUCAUUAAACUACUUUGCAUGGAGUAUGAUGAAGCCAAAGUGAGACUGAUAUCAGGAGAUAACAGCUCUUGCCCUACAGGUUCUGAUAAAGGAUCACCAAAGGAUCUUAACUACCCUUCAAUGGCUGCAGCGAAUAUUACACCGAAGAAACCUUUUACAAUAAACUUCCACAGAACAGUUAAAAAUGUUGGCCUUGCAAACUCUACUUACAGCGCCAGCAUCGUCCAAAAUUCCAAAGAGGUUGAUAUCAAAGUCACGCCUGAUAUUCUUUCCUUCAAGUCCUUGAACGAGGAGAAGAGCUUUGAUGUGACUGUUGUUGGAAAAGGUUUGAUAGGCGGAUCACUAAUUAUUUCUUCGUCAUUGAUUUGGUCUGAUAAUAAUCAUAGCGUGAGAAGUCCAAUUGUAGUGCGUAGUGAAAUAGCUUAA